AUCCAAGUGGAUUAUGUCGUAAAUUGGGUGACAGUGGAUGCUAGUGGCUGCGGUGCACGGUGCCGACUGUACGUCUUACAAUGGAGACUCUUCGCUCGGUUUUAUGACCAUCAAUGUACAGGAGAUGCAGCAAAAAGUUCUUUACCUUUCAGUCUCUGGAUUGAUUUUUCUUUCUACAUUUUCUCAUGGACACACCUGACGUUCUGAUGCCUGCAACAGUUUUACUGAUGUUCUUCUGAGGAGGACGAGGAGAUGCCGUCCUGCAGCAGGACGUGUUCAUCCAGACAUGAUGGAGGGAAUUCAGGGUCCAAGCCCCACUGCUGUGACCAUCGUCAUGUUCUGACUGUAGCCAACACGAGGAAGGGUUUCCCAUGAACUCUUCAUGAUCCUCUGUGACUUCCUAUUAGUGAAGCUGCCUCCAACCCUUCGUGUCUAGGCUGUGGAGCUUGAUUCGGGCCGUUGGGCGCAUGAUGCAGGUCAUGAUGUUGGAAUUCAUCAAGCUCCUGAGGAUUCUACGAUUCUUCUGUUUUUGGAUUACAGUUCAGGCUCAGAUGAAGAUCCCACCUGAGACGGUGCAGCAGUGGGCGUCUGUGUUCUCCGUCGAACUUCGAGACUUGACCACCAAAUACUCCGGCUCCCUGCUGCUGCAGAAGAAACUGAAGGAUGUGGAGCCCAUCAUUAAAAUCGUGGAGGUGGAUGGAGCCAGUCUGGUGAAGGGAUAUUCUGAUGAAAUCGAGCGUAUGUUGGGGAGCAAGAUGAAGUCAGUGAAGAGGUUAGCGGAGUCGGCAGAAGACGCUGAUCUGUACCAUGAGUUCAACGCCACGUUACAGUUUGAUUACUACAACUCGAUGAUGAUCAACACGGUGGAUGAGGACGGGAACUACGCGGACCUCGGUGGAGAGUUUCCCCUGGAGCAGAACGAGCAUUUCAACAAGAUGCCGGUGAACACGCAGCAGAGCAACAUCCAGGUUCCCAGUAACGUCUAUAACAAAGAUCCUUACAUCCUCAAUGCCAUCUACAACUCCGAGGCGCUAAAUGACGUCUUUAUCGGCAACUUCCAGAAGGAUCCCACGCUCACCUGGCAGUACUUUGGUAGCUCCACCGGAUUCUUCAGGAUCUACCCAGGUAUUAAAUGGACUCCAGACGCCAAUGGUGUGGCAGCCUUCGACUGCAGAAACAGAAACUGGUACAUCCAAGCAGCGACGUCUCCCAAGGACAUCAUCAUCAUGGUGGACAUCAGCGGCAGCAUGAAGGGCCUGAAGAUGACCAUCGCCAAACACACCAUCAACACCAUCCUGGACACGCUGGGAGAGAACGACUUUGUCAACGUGAUCGCUUACACUGACUAUGUUCGUUACGUGGAGCCGUGCUUCAGAGGGACGCUGGUCCAAGCCGACUUGGAUAAUAGAGAGCACUUCAAGGUGUUGGUGGAGGAACUGCACGUAAAAGGAGAAGCUAAGAUCAAGAACGCACUGAAGGAAUCUUUCAAAAUCCUCAACGAGGUGAGAGCCAACGGUCAGGGCAGCAUGUGUAACCAGGCCAUCAUGCUGAUCACAGAUGGAGCCAUGGAGGACUACGAGGAGGUCUUUGAGGAGUUCAACUGGCCUGAACGCAGGGUGCGCGUCUUCACCUACCUGAUUGGCAGAGAGCUUACCUUCGCCCAAGGUACCAAGUGGAUUGCCUGCAACAACAAAGGUUACUACACACACAUCUCCACACUGGCCGACGUGCAGGAGAACGUCAUGGAGUAUCUGCACGUGCUCAGUAGGCCCAUGGUCAUUAACCAUGACCAUGACAUCAUAUGGACCGAGGCCUACAUGGACACUGUGCUUCCCAACACCAAAGAGCUCUUCACCACUAAGGCUCAGAGUUUGCUGCUGAUGACGUCUGUGGCCAUGCCCGUCUUCAGUAAGAAGAAGGAGACGCUGUCCCAUGGGAUCCUGCUCGGCGUGGUAGGCACAGACAUCCCCCUGAUGGAGGUGAUGAAACUGGCACCCAGAUACAUGCUUGGAGCUCAUGGCUACGCCUUCCUCCUCAAUAACAACGGAUACAUCCUGGCUCACCCCGACCUUCGACCUUUGUAUAAAGAUGGAAAGAAACUGAAGCCCAAGCCAAACUACAACAGUGUGGAUCUGUCUGAGGUGGAGUGGGAGGAUACAGAGGAGAUGCUGAGAACAGCCAUGGUGAAAGGAGAGACGGGCAGCUUAAGUCUGAGCAUCAGAGCUUCAGUGGAUAAAGGGAAACGACCCUUGUACCUGGUCAACGAUUACUUUUACACUAACAUCGAUGACACACCCUUCAGCUUCGGCAUGGCGCUGGCAAGGGGUCAUGGAAAGCUGAUGUUCAUAGGGAACGUGUCUGUGGAGGAAGGGCUGCAUGACCUCACCUCCCCAGACCUCAGCAUCGCCACAGAGUGGACUUACUGUGAGACCGAUAUCGACCCUGCUCACCGAAAAUACACACAGCUUCAGGCUGCCAUCCGCUACCUGCUGGGGAAGGAGCCUGACCUUGAAUGUGAUGAGGUGUUGCUGCAGCAGACCCUGUUUGAUGCUGUAGUGACGGCUCCGCUGGAGGCCUAUUGGAACGCCCUGUUGCUCAGUGACAGGGUGGAGCCGGGGGUUGAGACGGCCUUCCUCGGGACUCGGUCUGGCCUGAUGAGGGUUCUGAAAUAUGCAGGAGUGGAAAGCAGAGUGGCGAAGAAGUUCCUGUCUCCAACUGAUAAAGACAACCUGUUCACCAUCGAUCACUUCCCUCUCUGGUACCGACUGGCUGUAGAAAACACUCCUGGGAAGUUCUACUACUACCCCGUCAACGACAAGGGCGUGAAGUACGUCAUAGCAUCGACAGCAGUUACGGUGACAUCUGAAGGAAAGACGGCCAUGGCUGGAGCUAUUGGGGUGCAGAUGUCCUUGGAUCUGCUGGAAAAAAGGUUCUGGGCCAUCGCCAAGCAGCCCAGCGACACAGACUGUUCAAACAUUGAUGGCGUGUGUCCACUCAGCUGUGAGAGUGCUGAACUAAGCUGUUUCCUAGUUGACAACAACGGGUUCAUCCUGUUGUCCAAAGAGAGGAAUGAGGUUGGUCGCUUCUUCGGCGAGGUGGACGGCUCCGUCAUGGCGUCGCUGCUGAAGAUGGGGAUGUUCAAGAAAGUGUCGUUGUUCGACUACCAGGCCAUGUGUAAGAACAGCCACCACCACGCCAGCAGCGCGCGCCCUCUGCUCAGCCCAUUUUACGGCAUCGUAGCAUUAAUUCGAUGGUUCUUCUCCAACGCACUGAUGUUCCUAUUGGACUUUAACCUCUGUGGUCUCUGGCACUCAGAUUAUUUUGUGGACGCCAAAGCUGGCUAUCACACGUCUCACAAGCAGAAGAAGGUGGAGGCAUAUCUCCCAUGCGACACAGCGUAUCCUGGCUUCAUGUACGAACCUUCUGUCAAAGAAGCAAAUAGCCUGAUCAAGUGUGGACGCUGUCAGAAGAUGUUUGUGGUUCAGCAGAUCCCUGACAGUAACCUGGUUCUGGUCGUGACUCAGGCCGACUGUGACUGUUCUCGUCAGUAUGGAUCGAUUCUACUGGAUCCCAAAGAAAUUAAAUAUAUCGCCACAGUGAAGUGCAACAGGAUGAAGUCCCAGAAGGUGCGGCGGCGUCCGGAGUCCUGUCACUCCUAUCACCCGAAGGAGAACGCCAAGGACUGUGGGGGGGCGGUGUCCAUCUCCCUGUCGCUCUGUCUGUUCUCCACCUCUCUCCUCAUUUCGUUGCUAACUAGCCGAUAGGGAGGUGUGGCAGUGACUGAAGCUGGAGCAGGAGUCGUGGCUCAGUGUGUAGCAGCUCUAAAGGAGUCUUUGAUGUUAACUGUGUGAAGACAAACUUCUAGUUUGGGGUGAGGAGGAAAACGGAGGAGUUUGACAGGUUGCAGCACAAACAUCUUCAGUGCAAUGAAGCACUGGACAGACUCAGCAGGAGGUCGGUUCCGUCCUGUCAGACAGGUUCUGCUUGUGUUUGGAGAUGAUUUGCCAUCACACUAAAACCAAGAAUGUAGCAUCUUUGUAGCUUUUUGAUAAUUUAAUGUGAUUUCAAUGUAGAGUUUUGCAUUUAAUGAUAUACUGUAACAGAGACUGAUUUGCUGCGUCUGUGUGUUAGAGGUCACAUGUCGGCAGGAUGGAAGAUAACGUGACCAGGCCGAGUUUAUAAACUGAACAUGUAAAGGAGUUUAGACUUAGACUGAACAUACAGUCCAGGUUACAUUGAUGUCAUCACAUGUAUUGUUGAGAAAUGUCAUGUCACAAAAAAAAAAACACAAAUCACCUUUACAUUUUCAAACCAUCAGGAUCUGCUAGAUUUUUAUCUGCCUUCAAGAACAUUUCAUGUUAGAGGCAAAAAUAUAGACAGGUUGCAGUAGAAUACCUGAGAUCUUUACUGUGAAAAUGAAGCAAACCCAAAAUUGUAGUUGAAGCACUUCUACCCAAGUCAACACAUCUUCCUCUUAAGUCCAUAACUUGAAAAUGGUUAAAAACAAGUUCUCUAAAUAUUACACACUGUAAAAAGCUUUACAUUUGGCCACGAUCAGAUCCGAUCAGUAGAUACCACAAAAAAAACCACUAUCAAAUAAAUAACAAGCAUCUGUCCGAUCAGUUCAGGAAGAUCAAA